GGAAGUAUGGCAUACUUGGAACAGAGAGAAGGGAUGGAAGUGGGGAAGGUAGAGGAGAUAGGAGAGGAGAUAGGAUUUAUCCCUUCUAUACUGCAGAAGUUAAGGAAUAAGCUGUUUGGACCUCCUGUAGAGGAAGUGAAGGAAGUGAUUGAGGAGGUUUCUGAGACUAGUAAGAAGAGUGCGCCUAAAAAGAAGAGAAGAAAUCGAAACAGGAACAAGCAGAAGAAAAAGAUGUCCCAAACUCUUGAGACAGAGAAAAUGACCAAGGCUUUCAACAGGACAUCUACCCAAGAAUUCUCGCUGAAGGACAAAUCUGGUGAUCUGGGAAGCCUGAAAUUUCUUCCUGAGCCACCUUCUGAGGAAGGCUGGACGACAGUUCCAGAAGCCCAAGAGACUCAAAAGGUUCAGAAGAUUAUUGAAAAACCAACCUUCAGUAAGAAAAAGGGCAAGAAAAAUAAAAAGUUUAUUGGAAAAAGGUCCAAUACCAAUGCCGGCCAGGAUACUUCUAGAAGUCUCAAUCUGCCUGCUAAGGACCAGAAUAAGAACCAACCCAAGCAGAAGCCACAUAAAAAGCGUGGAGGUAGGAACAAGAUUGCCAAAAGGAUAGUUUUUGAGCUGAGAAAGAGCUCAAAUGCCGAUAGUAGUAAUGAUGUAAUGAAUCGAAAUAAAAAUCGCAAAAAUCUGAAAAAUAGAAAAGAUCAGAGAAAGAAGAUGUCUCCAAAUAAUCAACCCUUCAAGACCAGGAACAUGGGACAUGUGAAGAAGAAAUCUAUUAAGCUGUUUGAUGAUACGCAGUCUUCUAAAUCUAAUGCUCAUUCUGUUCAGGAUUGCCAAAUCCUGAGUUCCAGAAUUGUCCCAGUGCCUCCUCUUGGCAAUCUUCAGGAGUUAAAUAAUGAUACUCAGAGUGAACAAAGAUAUCUGGAGACAGCAGAGUCACCAGAAACCCCUGAAAAAGAAGCUGAGGAGAAAAGAUUAUUCGAUUUUGACCUCCCUUCACAAAGAGCUGGAAGAUACAGCUGCAAAUCAGUCCAAAAUACAGGAUGAAAGAAUUCUCCUAUGAAGAAGACAGAAAAGAAUAGAACUCGGAUCAAUAGUAAUGUCAAACCUUUUUGGCCUGAUUUCUCCAAGCGUGCCAAGAACAGGUUCUCCCAAAGGAAACAUGAGGAUGAAUAUUGGCAGCCUAGUCAAGACUUCCCCUCAGAUCUUAACUUUGGGAAUUUAUUGGAGAGUGGCUGUUUCCAAUUAUUGAAUGAAAAGUUGCAAGCAUUUGCCAGUGGGAGGUUUCAGAGACCUCAGCAGCUUCCAAGAGAUUACAACAAUAAUCACUUCAUGGAUAUUACCAUGACUAAAUCCAAGACUGGACCUUCAGGUGCUGCUUUCUCAGAGAAUGGGGAUGAUAGACUACAGAAUAGAUUCUAUACUAGCGAAUCGAGUGAUGCGGACUUUUAUGAGACCCAUCACGGUGAAGCAAGGUACUAUGACCGGCUAGACAACGAAAUCUACCGAUUCGUCGAGUCCAUUGAGAAAAAAAUCUCCAGCGUAUCUACUGAGAGAAAUAUUAUAGAGUCAAAAAUUCUCGAAAUCUGCCAGUCAGCAUUUAAAGAACAGUCUGUGACACUUGAUAAGUUUGGCAGUCUCACCACAGGACUUGCUCUUGAGAGUAGCGACCUCGACCUUGUUGUUACAGGUCUUAAGAUUGAAGACAGAGAUGAUGUAGUCGAGCAUAUCAGAAUCUUGACGACUUAUUUCAAUCAGUCAGAAUAUUUCAGAAAAGUAAACGCAAUUGAAGGAGCAAGUUUCCCGAUCAUAAAGCUUGAAGCUGAUCUUCAAAAGAUACGUGAUGAAGAAUCUAAAGAUGAAGCUACCAUUGACCCUACUAUGAGGUUUCUACACAUUGAUAUCACCUUUGAAGAUCAUAAGAGGAUAAAAUCAGAUUUAUUCUGGGAAGGAGUUGACUGGGAUUCCACUAAGAUUCAUCAUCUUGGAAUCAAAUCAGUUCAUCUGGUGAAAUCUUACUUGAAAGACUAUACUCACUUAAAGGAGAUCACACUAGUUGUGAAGAAACUCCUAUGCUUGAAAGGACUGAACUCUCCAUACAAAGGAGGGCUUAGCUCGUACGGUAUAAUAAUAAUGAUCGUGGCUUAUAUGAAUUUCUUCAGCAUUCAGAAUGCCUACCUCAAUAUUUCCCAACUUCUGAUCCAUUUCCUAGAGUUUUACGGCUCAAAAUUUGAUGAAAGAAACGUAGGAAUCUUAGUAAGCAGAGGAGGUUGCUACUAUCCAUUCAAUUCUGUCUCUGACGACCCUAUUGUUAUCAAAGAUCCUCUGAAUAUUGAGAAUAAUAUUGGAAAGAGCUCUUACAGGAUCUCCGAGAUCAAGGCUCUUUUUACCCAUAUUGCAGGUAUUUUAGACUACCAGAGGCAGAACUUCCACCAAAUCUCAGAGGAAGACCUUCAGGAACAAGACCAAGCUCUUGAGACAGAAGAUUGAGAAAUCACAGAAAAUCUGUACUGUAUGAAGGAGAUUUUCAACACAGAUUUGCCAGAAUAGCUGUUUAUUGAGGUAAUCUGUAUUAUUUUCAUUUUUGCUAAUUAAUUUAUUGUUCAA